CAAGGUUGUCUCGGCUAUGUCCUCGUCGAUUCGCUCGUUGCUGGUCUCGAUCCCUUCGUCGAAGCGUUGAGUGUAUAAUGCCAAUCUAACCACCACUCUUUACUAACCACAACACCCCUAUAGUUAACGCGAUGUUUAGCAGCCUUCGAGGCCAGCCAGAAAGUUACGAAAGAAAAGCGAAGUACAGAUUUGGUCGAACCCUUGGUGCGGGCACAUACGGUAUCGUGCGCGAAGCAGAUGGCCCCAAUGGCAAGGUCGCUAUUAAGAUCAUCCUCAAGAAAAAUGUCAAGGGGAACGAGCAAAUGGUCUGGGACGAGCUAGAUAUGCUCCAGCGUCUCAAACACCCUCACAUUGUUCGCUUCGUGGAUUGGUUUGAGUCAAGGGAUAAAUGGUACAUUGUCACCGAACUCGCCACCGGCGGUGAACUUUUCGAUCGCAUCUGCGAACAGGGCAAGUUCACAGAGAAGGACGCUUCGCAGACCAUCAGGCAGGUCCUCGACGCCGUCAGCUACCUCCACGACAGGAACGUAGUACACCGAGAUCUUAAGCCCGAGAAUCUCCUCUACCUCAGCAAAGACCCCGACUCCGACUUGGUCUUGGCAGAUUUCGGAAUUGCAAAGAUGCUUGAUACCAAGGAUGAGGUCUUAACUACAAUGGCGGGGUCUUUCGGUUACGCAGCACCGGAGGUCAUGUUGAAGAAAGGUCAUGGCAAGCCUGUGGACAUGUGGUCGUUGGGUGUCAUUACUUACACUCUUCUCUGUGGUUACUCUCCCUUCCGCUCCGAAAACCUGCAGGAUUUGAUCGACGAAUGCAGUAAUGGGAAAGUGGUCUUCCAUGAGCGCUACUGGAGAGAUGUGAGUGACGAUGCGAAGGACUUUAUUAUGCGCCUCUUGCAACCGAAUCCGGAAGACAGGUGGUCCAGCAAGCAAGCACUUAAGCACCCCUGGCUCAGCGGCGAAAACGCCUCAGACCACAACUUACUUCCCGAGAUCAAGGCCUACAUGGCCAAGGCAAGACUCCGUCGUGGCAUCGAACUCGUCAAACUGACAAACCGUAUCGAGGCGCUCAAGAUUCAAGAAGACGACCCAGAGCACCCCGACUUUGCCGAGGAUUCAGCAGCUCCAGCCAGCCAAGGAUCAGACAAGCCCACGUCACCGAAGCAGGAGACCGGCAAGGGCAAGCUCACACGCGCAAUGAAGGGUGCCAUCUUCCGCGAGGUGGUUCUGGCUAAAGUCCGCGAGAUGAAGGAGCAGGAGCAGACCCUAAAGGUCACGGAAGAAGUAGAAAAGGAGGCGAAGCGGAAGAGUUUCCAGGGUUGAGCAAAUAAACCAAAAUUGUGCUAGACGCAUCUUAGCGAUAUAAUAGAUACCCCCUUUCAUACUUGGAAGGGCAAUGGGAAUGGAAAGAUAUCAAGGACGGCAUGAUGAAAAUCGUUUGUCAUAACUGAGACAUUACAAUGCAUAGCAGGGCUGACAAGACGGAAGAAGUGGUUGGCUAUUCGUUCGGGGAAGCAGAAAUUCCUCGUGUUCUUUUCUAUUCCUCUUUCCUCCUGAUAUCCGUUUCGCGUUCGGUCAGUGCUUGUUGAGCUUGGCUUUUAUCAAAUAUUCCGUUCCUCUUCGUUUCGUCU